CGUUGACGUCACUCGGGCUCUGAAAAUGGCUGAGUCGGAAGAGGAGGUGGAUGUCUUGGUCCAGAGAGUUGUGAAAGAUAUCAAUAACGCCUUUAAAAGAAACCCGAACAUUGAUGAAAUCGGCCUCAUUCCGUGCCCUGAAGCCCGAUACAACAGAAGCCCCAUCGUCCUGGUGGAGAAUAAGCUGGGAGUGGAGAGCUGGUGUGUCAAGUUUCUGCUGCCCUAUGUGCAUAAUAAACUCCUGCUCUACAGGCAGAGAAAGCAGUGGCUCGACCGGGAAGCACUGGUAGAUAUAACCUGCACAUUGCUUCUAUUAAACCCAGAUUUUACCACUGCGUGGAAUGUCAGGAAAGAGCUCCUGCAGUGUGGCGUGUUAAACCCAGAAAAGGACCUUUACCUGGGCAAACUAGCACUAUCUAAGCAUCCUAAAAGCCCAGAGACAUGGAUACACAGGCGCUGGGUAUUGCAGCGGCUACAGAUCGAGUGUUCUGGACAAGAACUGAAAGAUCAGGCUGAACCCAGAGGAGACGCUGUGAGCAGGAGACGGUGUGAGCGACUGCAGAGAGCCUUGCAGGAGGAGAUGAAGGUCUGUGCAGAUGCAGCCGGCCGUUACCCCAGCAACUACAAUGCCUGGUCCCAUCGCAUCUGGGUAUUGAAAAACAUGGCAAAGGGCAAUCUGAAGGUUCUGCAUGAUGAGCUGUCCUCCACCCGACUCUGGGUGUCCGUGCACGUGUCAGAUCACAGCGGCUUCCACUACCGUCAGCACCUGCUCAAAGCUCUGUCCAGAGAGCUGAGGCAGGCUGGAGAGAGGGACCUCCACCCCACCCAGCAGCCGAAUGGAGAGAGCACGGCGGGAGCGUCUGAUGACAACCACCGGAAUGACGUCAUCCCUCAGCUCUUCCAUCAGGAGAUGGAGCUCUGCACUGAUCUCAUCGAGUCAUAUCCAGGCCACGAGACGCUGUGGUGCCACAGGCGGCAUGUCUUUUACCUAUGGCACCAGUGGCGGAGGGAACACGUCCAGGGGGCAGGAUCGCAGUCUCCACCUCUCACCCACACCGAUGUCCUCCUCAGCGAGGAACCCUGUGACGACGGCAGCGCCUCCCAGGCCAUGGACGUUGACUGUGUUCUGGAUGGGAGCAAACAUGGAAGCUACACGCAGGACACCAAGCGGCUAAAGCGGGGACCCCUGCUCCCCCACCCCGGACUUCCCUCCGAGCACUCGUUUGUCUCUAGAAUCCUCACAGGCUGCAGGAGCCCCGAGCAAAGCAGCUUUGCCAUUUCCUACAGAAAGUGGCUGGACUCUGUUAUAGGUCAGUAGCGUGAGAAACACUCCGCCCACCACAGUGUGGGAGAGCUGCGAUAGGUCAAUGUAUUUCUGGCUCCAGCCGCCCACACCGGUUCUCUAAAAAACGACUGGACUCCUUGGCCGGUUUGGCAGAGAUGCUCUGCCGGAGCAAAUUCCCACUCAUGAUGAAAACCCAUGACCCGUCUCAACAGUGUAAGCAUGGUCUGUUUCAGCUGCUUAAGUUCAGGUACUGGAUAUCUCAGGUCUGUUUUCAGAAUCUUUUUUUUUUUCAUAUAGUUUUGUUGGUCUUACGUUGUUUAAAGUCUUCCACCACAAAUCAAUUACAGUAUGCUCUCAUCAUCCUAUCUGCAGUUUUAUGAUUCCUGUCGGGAGUCUUAAACGCACACUGUGGUGCAGACUUGAAAAGAACACUUAGAGCCCAAAGUGAUUCUGACCCAGUUUCCCUCUUUUGUUUAAUUGGGGGCAGACUGGCUCUGAAUCCUGUCUACUGCUCGUCCCUGAGCUUUUGUACUGUAGCAUGAACAUUUCAGUCAAUAUCUUGACGUUUUGCUACAAUAAGUAAUGUGAGCACAAUCAUUGAAUUUAAAGAUUCUUGGAGCCAUUUGGUAUAAAAUAUUAGCGCUAAAGACAGACAUUUUCAUAAAUCAAUAAAAACAGAUUAAUGCACAUGAAAUUGACAGAAUUUAUAGCUGCUGUCCUCAUUCAGGGGAGUUUGUAUUAUAUGACAUAUCUAUUGCAAGUUCAGUGUGAUGAUUCUUGGAUGUUAAUUAAUGCUCCUGAAGCACGUCAUCUUCACUCAUUAGAAUAGCAAAGGCCACGUUGGACUAGUCUCAGCAUUUAAGCACAAGUUUUGGGUUAUAGUUCAUCCAGCUGGUCUCGCAGAUGCAUGGGUUUUCAUGAUGAAAGGGAAUUGCAGAAGUAGGAAUAGUCUUUCUCAGCUUGGCCCAAACGUGGCUGCAAAAACAACAACACGAUGCCAUGUUCAAGCCCAUUUGGUGCAGAUUGGUGCUUAUUCUCUGCACUGGGGAGAAGGGCCUGGGUUUACAAAUGCUGCUUUUUGUUUAACACUAUUUUGAACAUAAAGGAUAUUUAUGCAAAUAUGAAAAGUGAAAUGUUGUGAGCUUCACUUACGUAAUGAUUUAUUAUGAAAGCUAAUAAGCUAUUAGACACUUAUGGUUGACUCACUGUUACUCCGUAAUUAUUAAACUUGUAAUAAACUUUGAAGUUUCACGGG